UUUUUAACUCUUUCAGGAACGUAUCCGUUUGUGACUUCCUCAAAUGCAACUGUUGGUGGUGCUGUGACUGGUCUUGGAUUGCCACCGAUGUCGAUAAAGCGAAUAAUUGGCGUGACGAAGGCGUACGCCACCAGAGUCGGUUCGGGACCUUUCCCAACCGAACUCAGCGAUAGCAACGGUGAAAAGCUGCAGCAAAUUGGAAAAGAAGUGGGUGUUACUACGGGUCGUAGGCGACGAUGCGGUUGGCUUGAUUUGGUCCUUUUGAAGCGUGCACACGUGAUCAACGGCUUCACCGACCUGGCAUUGACCAAAUUAGAUGUGUUAGACACAUUCGAUGAAAUCAAGGUUGCCAUUUCUUAUCAGUUGGAUGGCGAAACAAUAAAGUCUCCCCCGUUGGCAGUUUGGGGGAGAAUGAAGGUGGAUUAUCAAAUAUUCAAAGGGUGGCAGACAAAAAUUUCGGGUAUUCGAAACUAUAACGAUCUGCCCGAGAAAUGCCGAGCAUUCAUUGAAUACAUCGAAAACUAUGUUGAAGUGCCAGUGACGUGGAUUGGUGUUGGUGAAGAAAGAGAAGCACUGAUUGUGCGUUGA